AUGGAGAGAGAUCUCGCUAUCACCAGCCGCCGUAGACCAGCGUACUCCACCGGUCGAUGCUUGAAUUUGCCGUCGUCUUGUCUCUCACUAAUCCACGCAGAAACAGAGUAUGCUCGUAUCAGUGACCACAACAACAAGAAGACAAGCUCAAGUCCAAGAUUAAGGACCUUGUUAAGAAGAUUAUUAUUGGUUAGGAGUUACGGAUCCGUGAACACAAAGCCGAAGACGUUUCACUACGAUGCUGUGAGUUAUUCGCAGAACUUCGACGAUGGUUUUAGUUUGCGCGAUGAUGAUCGUAGAGUUUUUAGAGAUCUCCAAAGACAGAGUCGGGAUCAGUGA